ACCCGGAUGAGCGGUAUGUUAUUAGUUUGCGUUAUCAUAAAAUAAUCCCUGACCACGUGUUGAGCACGACCCCAUCGCGAAGCUUCUUUGGAAAUAAGUAUAUAUUUUAACAUCGUGUUAACAAAUAAUAUAAAAUAUGAAAAAUUAAAUAUAUUUCUAGCUUAUGUUUUACAAUUUUUUUAAUACCUUCCAGAAUACCUUCCAAUUGGUAGACGUCAGUGAUGUAAAACACAGCAUACAUUGAGAAAUUAUACUUAUUAAAUUAUAAUAAUCAUAUAGAAGUUGUUAAUUGGACAAACUUUUUGUGAUUAAACUAUAAAGCCAUGUUUAGUUACACAGCAAAAAUGCUGUCAGUGUGAAAACAACACAGGCCUGUUGUUGCAAAGUACCUCCAGUGGUUUCAAAGUACCUCAUCACCUUUAGCAAUAUUAUGAGAGAAAUAGCAAUUAAUCAGGAUAAAUGUAAAACAUAUUUGGCUUGCUGUCUGAGAGGAGACGUGGAAGGCAGUCCACAGCGGAGCAUUUAGUGUUGAUAAUGUGAAAAGAUUGGGAUUUGGGGAGGAGAAUGGAUGCCAGAAGCAGAAAGCACUAGGAGAGAGGUAAAAGAAGAGGACUGAAGAUUUUGCCUGUCGUCUAUUAUAGCCGUCUAAAAGAAACAUCACACUCCUUUCAGUGAGAAUCCACAGAGGAAUGUUCUCAGGCUGAGGGAACAGUGGAUCAGUGGAUGCUGAUUAACUCUGGAUUAGCCUGUUCAAUUCCUAAUCCACAACAAUGCACGUUGGCUCUCCUAAACUGAAACCUAACAUUGUCUUCAACUCCAGAGGGAAGUCAUGUGUUGAUCUCGGUAUAUUUUCAAGAUGGCCAACAUUUAUACUUUAAGAGAGCUCUUCUGUACCCAGUGGUCAUCUAGCGUACGACUUGAUGGUAAAACAGUCAUCAUCACAGGAGCAAAUACUGGCAUUGGCAAAGAAACCACAAGAGACCUCGCAAAGCGUGGUGCCAGGAUAAUCAUGGCCUGCAGAGACAUAAACAAAGCAGAGUCUGCACAAAAAGAGAUAAUUGAAGAGUCUGGAAAUCAAAACAUAGUUAUCCGAAAACUAGAUUUAUCUGACACAAAGUCUAUCAGAGAAUUUGCUGUGGUUAUAAACAGCGAGGAGAGAACGCUUCACAUUCUCAUUAACAAUGCUGGAGUCAUGAUGUGUCCCUACUCUAAAACAGCAGAUGGCUUUGAGAUGCAGUUUGGUGUCAACCACUUAGGUCACUUUCUCUUAACCCACCUCCUGAUUGAUCUGCUGAAGAGAUCCGCUCCCUCCAGAAUUAUUAACCUGUCCUCAAUGGCACAUAGCUGGGGAACAAUACGACUUGAUGAUAUCAAUAGUGAGAGAUAUUAUCACAGCAGAAGGGCAUACGGUCAGAGUAAACUUGCCAGCAUUCUCUUCACUCGCUCUUUGGCCAAAAAACUCAAGGACACUGGUGUGACAGCGUAUGCCGUUCAUCCAGGAAUUGUGCGAACGGAACUUAAAAGGCACAUGAAUCUUGGACUUCUUAUUAUGUGGAAAAUUGUGAGACCUUUCACAAAGACCCCAGUGCAGGGAGCACAAACCACCAUUUACUGUGCAGUUGAACUAGAAUUAGACAAAGAAAGCGGUGGUUAUUAUAGUAACUGUGGAUCUUCAAGAUGCACCAGAGCUGCUAGAGAUGAUGAAAUGGCGGAGAAACUUUGGGAGCUAAGCUGCAGGAUGCUGGGAAUACUCUGGGAUUGAAUGUAAUGCUGUUUUAUCUUUUCAUAUACAAUUUAUGUAAAUAUACUCUUUUUAUUUCUAUACUUAAAAUGAUUUGGUUUUGUGAGACUGAAGCCUGGAGCCGUAUGUAUGAUACAUUUGUUUGACUCUCUGACAGUUACAAUAUAGCAAUGAGUUUUUUUAAUCAACAGAGCUCACAACAUCAAUAAAUGACAUUUGAUUUCAUGCAAUUGUGCUAUCUACUCAGUGGUAAAUGAUAUAGAUGCAGUAUGUACAAAAUGUAUCAGCAAAGUAAUAAAACAAAGCAAUAUUUCUU